ACUCAGGUCAGAGUUGAAAGUCACACGGUACGCAUCGUAAGUAUGGCGGCCCUGGUUGGACGCAGGGCGCUUUUGCAAGCCUGCCGAGUGCAUUUUACAGACAGUCAUUGCGCCUCCAAGCUAGGCUCGUCUUACUUCGCUUCAAGACGGUAUGUCGGUUCCGCUAAAUCAGUUUUUCCUCCGGUCCGUUUUGGCGCAUCGGCACGACAGUACAGUUCGGAGGCAAAGGACGACUUGAUCGUGAGGUACCUUGACGGAGAAGAUCACGGUAUAGUGGUUGUUGGGAUAAACCGACCAAAAGCCAAGAAUGCUAUCAGCAAAAAUCUGGUCAAAAUGAUGUCCGAGGCUGUGGGGGACAUAAAAAAGAAUAACAAAGUCCGCAGUGUAAUUCUUUGCAGUUUAGUUCCUGGUAUUUUCUGUGCAGGAGCAGACCUUAAGGAGAGAGCCAAGAUGCAUCAGAGUGAGGUGGGACCAUUUGUGUCCAAAGCAAGAGCGCUCAUCACUGAACUGGGUAACCUACCAAUGCCAACAAUAGCUGCCCUUGAUGGAGCUGCCUUAGGAGGAGGCUUGGAAAUGGCUCUGGCAUGUGACAUCAGAGUUGCCUCAAAUUCUGCAAAAAUGGGACUUGUUGAGACUAAACUUGCAAUUAUUCCCGGGGCAGGCGGUACUCAGCGUCUCCCCAGGGUGAUUGGGGUGUCCCAUGCUAAAGAGUUGAUGUACACUGCUCGGGUGGUGGAUGGAAUAGAGGCCUGUCGUCUGGGUCUGGUCAGUCAUUCUGUAGAGCAGAAUAAGAACGGGGACGCUGCCUACCUGCGAGCUUUGGAGCUCGCACGAGAGAUUAACCCUCAGGGUCCGAUUGCAGUCAGGAUGGCGAAACUGGCCAUCAAUCAGGGUAUCGAGGUGGAUUUGGCUACAGGCUUGGCUAUUGAAGAGGCAUGCUAUGCCCAAGUGAUACCAACCAAAGAUCGACUGGAGGGUUUGGCUGCAUUCAAGGAAAAGAGGCAUCCUCAGUACAAGGGCGAGUGAGUCGUCGUGCUCCCAAAAGCGUUCCAAGAGUUCUUCUGCCUUAAGUUCUUGCACCACUGCUUCCAAAAAGCUUCGAGGGGAAAUUGUACAUGUCAGUGCAUUCGCCAGCACAAUACCUGAAGGACAGGCUGAUGUUUGAUACUGUUUGCUCAGUGCUUUACAUUGGAAUAGCUAUCAUGUUAAGGAGUGUACCAUAUUGUCCAAGCAAUGUCCAGCGAUUGCUUUUUACCACUGUAGUGUACCCAAUCCAAAAAGCCAUGAAUUGGUCUGAUUUUGUUCCUGCUUCCUGAAUGAUGUGUAAACUUUUUUUUUUAAACUUGGGUUUCAAUUGAUCAGAAACGUGAACUGAGAAUUGCCAUAGCCAUUCCGCAAACCAAAGCCUACUAAAUCAACAAAGAUUGCUCUCGGACUGUGGUCUCAUCAAUCUUCACUUGACCUCUGAUUUCGUUCACUCAACGCAACAUUCACUCUCAAACACUACACAGAGGCAAGCGUUGGAGUAAAAUGAGUAAGCUGGACACAUUGAACACUCAGUAUGCUCAUACCACCCGCCUUAAGGUGCUCAUGGGUUCAUUAAUUGUGGAAGAGAAAGCCUUCUUGUGUCUGUACCCUGUCCCAUAUUAACUGUCACAAAAUCUACGCUGCACACUGUUCGAAAAAUAAUAUAUCCCUGGCGUCAAAGGGAACAAGCCAUUUUCUACAAUCCAUUUGGAAAAAGGACCACACCUAUGUGGUGACUGACCAAUAGUAUCGUCAAAAAAUAUUCGAUUUACCAAAUUGUGACAUGGGAGGUUUCGACCAGACACCUGUGACAAAUGACCUUUUAUUCUGUACGGUUCAUUCAUUUCUGUAGGUAGCAGUCCUUUUGUUCAUAGCUCCAGUACUGUACUUAAACCUCAUACUCAUCUGUACUGUCAAUGCUUGUUAUCCUUCUGUAGUGUGGCGCAACCCAGAUGGCAAAAUAAAACAUCUGACACAUUCA